AUGUCCCAACAAGAUUCGAUAACGGCUCGUGUUGUGCUAAUUACUGUUUUAGAGACUGAGGCAAAAGAGUUAUCUAAAAAAAUACUUGAAAAGAAAUAUGCCACUGCUAUCAAUAUUAUUCCUGGGAUUACCACGUUUUAUUGGUGGAAAAACGAAAUUGUUGAGUACUUAGAGCAAAUGCUAGUCAUUAAAACUGAAGAUUAUCGUGUUAAAGAACUUGUGGAAUAUGUUAAAAAAAAUCAGACAUACCAAGUCCCAGGAAUCAUCUCAAUUAAAAUUGAUGAAGGAAACCCAGCUUAUCUGACUUGGAUUGAACGAGCUGUUCUUGAGCCUCAUGAGUUGUUUGGGACUUUUAUUGAGUUAUAA